ACUGGGACCCGCUACAAGCCAACGACGACGUCCUCCAUUCAUCUGGAACUUGGGCGCGAGGCUGGAGUCGACUUGCCCGUCAAAACUUGCCUCUUUAAAAGUUGCUUCUAAUUCAUUCCGUCACUUUCGAUUAUUUUUUUCUUCUUCAUUGAAACGUCCUAUGCGUGGUUUUGCGCGUAUUCAACGACUCAGGCACACACCGACGAGCUCGCCAUGAACGGGGAACCAGAGGAGAAGAAGCCCGGCGAGGAGCGGCAUGACUCGGACAAACACGCCAAGCUGGAGUCGGCGGGAUCCCCGGAGAUUCUCGUGCGCCUCAGCGGUUCGAACGAGCCCACCUCGGCGGACAGAGUUUGGGAGACGCGCUUGUACAAGCGCCGCUGGGUCAUGGUGUUCCUCUUCAGCUCCUACUCGCUGUGCAACUCGUACCAGUGGAUCCAGUACGGCAUCAUCAGCAACAUCUUCAUGAAGUUCUAUCAAGUGGACGCCUUCACCAUCGACUGGAUGUCCAUGAUCUACAUGCUGACCUACAUCCCCUUCAUCUUCCCGGUGACGUGGCUGCUGGACAAAAAAGGGCUGCGGGUGGUCGCCCUGGCCGCCACGGCGCUCAACUGCGCCGGGACGUGGUUCAAGGUGGGCAGCGUCCAGCCCCACCUGUUUGCCGUCACCUUCGUGGGACAGUUCUGCUGCUCCUUGGCGCAAGUCUUCAUCCUGGGCAUGCCGUCCAGGAUCGCGUCCGUCUGGUUCGGAUCCAACGAGGUGUCCACCGCCUGCUCCAUCGGCGUCUUUGGGAACCAGCUGGGCAUCGCCAUCGGGUUCCUGGUGCCGCCCAUCCUGGUACCAAAUGUGGACAACGUGGACGAGCUGGCCCACCACAUCAGCAUCAUGUUCUACAUCACCGCCGGGGUGGCCACCUUCCUCUUCAUCCUCGUCGUCGUCGUCUUCCAAGAGCAGCCCAAGCUGCCCCCGACGCAGGCUCAGGCCACGGCCCGAAGCAUCCCGCCCGAGCAGUACUCCUACAGCGCCUCCAUUCUUCGGCUGCUGCGCAACAAGCCCUUCAUCCUCCUCAUCAUCACCUACGGCUUGAACGUGGGCUGUUUCUAUGCCGUCGGCACCUUGCUGAACCGCAUGAUCAUCGAGCACUACCCGGGCGAAGAGGUCAACGCGGGCCGGAUCGGCCUGACCAUCGUCAUCGCCGGCAUGGUGGGCUCCCUCAUCUGCGGCCUGUGGUUGGACCGCACUAAAACCUACAAGCAGACCACCCUGGCAGUUUACUUGAUGUCUCUGGUGGGGAUGAUCGUCUACGCCGCCACGCUCAGCCUGGGCCACCUCUGGGUGGUCUUCAUCACUGCCGGAGUUCUCGGCUUCUUCAUGACCGGCUACCUGCCGCUGGGCUUCGAGUUUGCCGUGGAGCUGACCUAUCCCGAAUCGGAGGGAACCUCCUCUGGGCUCCUCAACUGCUCUGCGCAGGUUUUUGGCAUCAUCUUCACCAUCUGCCAGGGCAAAAUCAUCGACACGUUUGGCACGCUGCCGGGAAACAUCUUCCUGUGCGUCUUCCUCCUGCUGGGCACCGUCAUGACAGGCUUCAUCAAGUCGGAUCUGCGGCGGCAAAAAGCCAACGAGUUGGCCAAAGCAGAAGCGGAGGCGAUGACGUCGGGACCGGACUACGGCGCCACGUCCUAAAUCUCCACAGCGCAGACGCCGCCUUCACUGUAAAGCGUUCCGUAAACAAACCCCAAAAAAUCUCAUCAAAUCAUAGCGCCCUCCAUAGGCGCGCUAAGGUAAUGAUCACACCACGCCAAUCCAUCUGCUUCCCAGUUGCCGCUUCUUUUUCGCUUUCGACUGCAAGGCAGCUUUGCCUCUUAAGCCGCAGUGCUGACCUGAGCUUCAUUCAAGUGAUGACGUCAUUUGCAAGUCAAGUGUCGUUCAUUCACUGGCGGUUUUCCCUGUACUGCCUCUUUUCUCCACAAGAGGGAGACAGAGGACGAGAUCCCCUCAUGGGCAAACUGAUGGACGCACUGCUACUUUAAUGGGAAAUGCAUUUGAAAUGUUCUAAUCUAAUACCUCUAAUUUUGGCACAACUUAGGUUUGCACUAAUUUACAAACGUGAUGAAAAAAAACUCUCAUCACUUAAAUACAUGAAGGAAAAGGAAGAACUAGCCACUAGGUUCUAAGUUGGCGUGUGUACUGUUUCCACCUGCAGGGACCAUGUGACAGGCUGAGAGGAGGCAUGUCCACAAACCUUGUCCUCCAAGAAGAAAAGUUUUAAAAAAAAGCACAAAACUGCACAAUUAACAUCAGAAACCAGCGCGAUAUGCACAAUUGUAAUCUGUAUUUUUUACUAUUAAUGUUCAAUUUAGAUUUACCUAACUUGAUUUCCAUGCUUUGAUGUCUACAAAUUAAAUCCCUCUGACAAUCGUCAAUGACUUGUACCUUGACAAAUUUACCGCUAUCAGUAUAGAAAAUGUGGAUUUUGUAACCACAACUGUAUAUCUGACUUCAUGGAAAAUGUCUUUAACCCUUCUCGUUCUUGCUAGUCAACAAGAUGAAUGCGACACAAAUGACUGCUGAGGAUUUAUACUCUAUGUACGUAUGUUUUGUACAAGACUCCUCAUGUUUACUUUUUAAGAUGCCCCCUCCACAUCACUUUAUUGUAGUUUCCCUUUCCGCCACCAUGUGGUGCUGUUGCAACAUGCUCAGACGCUCAUUUCAAUGCAACGAGCUUUCCUUUAAAUUCAUUGAUUUGCUUCGUCUAUUGUACAUUGUUGUAAAAAAAAAAAAAAAAAAAGUGUAGUUAUAAAUAAGACUCAGGCAA